AUGAGCUUCUUUCAAGGGGCCAAUGGGGUCUCGAUUGGCCAGGGCACGUUCAAUGCGGUUACAGGAAACCAGACAAACAACAAUAUCUAUGUUGAGGGGCAGAAGAAGGAACGUAGGAUAUAUGAUGAGUUCCCCGAUAUCCAACGCGGACUUGUCCACAGACUCAAGGACCUUGCUCACAAAGACCGUUUGUUACGCUGGAAUUCCAGCUUGAUGAACUACGAAGUAGAGUUCACAGUCGAAAGAACAACCAGCACUGCCAAAAUCCAUGGUGACAGCUCGAGUUUUAUUGUGGUGUCGUAUAAAGGGCAGGAUGCAGAAAAGGCAUGGAAAAAGGACUUUCGAGAGUUCUCUGAGACCACAAAUACAACGACAAUGCAACUGUUUGGAAUCAACCGGUCGAAGAUACCUUUGCUGAUAUUUUUUGGAGAGCUUGUGCCUCUCGCUCAUUUGUCACUCGGACAAUUUGGGCGAGGUUAUGCCUCUACAUUUGCUUUCUGGAACAUGAGCUGUGAGGAGGCUGAGAUUUGGAUAGAUCCCAAGCAAGGAACUCUUGUUCGUGGAGUGGAGGGGCCUCAUUGUGAUCUAGAUUGUUUUAUCUUUACCGCCAGGGCGCUGCCACCAAGUGUCGAACUUCUUCUCCAGGAAGAUGUUUGCUUCCGCUAUUUCUCUCGGUUGCCACUGGAUAAAGAAUUUGACCGACGCGUCAUUGAUGAGUUCCGACGGGGUUUCGAGAUAGGAUGUCACGUGGGACCUCCGAUUAUCGGUAAACCGUGCGUCUUUUCUAGUAAGACGAAUUCCAUAAUCGCAGUCGGAGAUGGCAGCCACUGGAACGGAUAUGGGUGCCUUGAAUACCAAGUCGUAAUGCCAGAUGGAAGAACACGAUUCACUCUUACAGACAAACGCUCAGAGUUGACAUUAUACUCCGAUCCAUUCGGCCAUCAUUGUGCCUGGCUCUCGCAGGCUUCGAGUGUCUUUCUUAGACUCGGAAUCUUGUUGGACGAAGAGCACUGGUCUUACGAGCUCAGUGUGCCAUAUAUCAAGUUGAAAGGAUCAACCGAGAACUCCAGCAUCCAACAGCAACGACGCUCAGAAGUUCCACCCAUCUACUUCUUCCUCCAUCCGCUUCCUCCAUUUCCACUCGGAGAUGGUUCAGUCCUGUCCAUCCACACCUGGUCUCAUGACGAAAAUGGAGAAACACCUAUCCCGCACCAUCAUUGCAACUAUCUUGGUCUACCCACCGAGCUUAGCCUGGCUAUCUGCUCGAGCAACACAUUUUACUGGCCUAGCGAGGUGUACAAAUCUAUCCACAAAUGGCAGGUUGCAAGAGGCUUUGAUCCAACCACAGCUGACUUUGCACGUUACCUCGACCACCCCAUAUAUGAAGUUCUGCUAGAGUCAGAGGCAGGCCGGUUCGAAGAGCUGAACAUAGGAUUAUCUGGUAGAUCGUCUGCCGAGGAGAGUUUGUCCCAGGAUGAUCAAUGGCAAUAUUCUACGUUGGCGGCCUGUAACACAGAAGAGGAUCCUAUGAAUGUAAACUGGCCGACACCUGCUUCCCUCUUACAUGAUACCUGUUCAUUGUCAAUGGACGUUGACGUGGAGUUAGACGAAUGCUCCAUUCGCUUCGAAGGCCUUUCCACUACGAGCGCAUCAAUCGCAGAUAUGGAGGUGGACUAA